AGCAGCAGCAGUGUGGACGCGCUGCUCGCCCUCGUAUUGCUCUGUGGACGCGCUGCUCGCCCUCAGCAGCGGUAAAGAUGGCGGAGCUGCAGAUGCUGCUGGAGGUGGAGAUCCCUGCGGGGAGAACAGCUCUGCUGGACGGAUUCAACAACCUGCUGACGGUCGCUGAAUACUGCGAGAACAAUUAUGUCCAGUCCACAGACAAGCAGCGAGCGCUGGAGGAGACCAAGAGCUACACCACUCAGUCUCUGGCCAGCGUCGCCUACCUCAUCAACACGCUGGCCAACAACGUGCUGCAGAUGCUGGACAUCCAGGCCUCACAGCUCCGCUGCAUGGAGAGCUCCGUCAACCACAUCUCACAGACCGUUGACAUUCACAAAGAAAAGGUGGCGAGGCGGGAGAUCGGCAUCUUGACCACCAACAAGAACACGUGCCGCUCGCAUAAAAUAGUUGCUCAGUCCAAUCCCGAGAGGCCGGUGCGCUACAUCAGGAAGCCCAUCGACUACGGCGUCCUGGACGACAUCGGACACGGAGUCAAGUGGUUGUUGAGGUUCAAGGGGAACGGCCAACAGAACAUGAAAUUAGGAAGUCUGUCCCGGACCACCCCCCCCUCCCAGAAACCACCCAGUCCUCCGAGGGCAGGCAGAGUCAUCUUUGGGAAGAGCUCCCCCUACAGGACCUUGGAGCCAGUGUGCCCCCCAGUGGUGCCCAACCAUUAUGUCUCCAGCCCCACCAGAAACAAUAUGGCCCCUGGGCAGCUUCCCAGUCCGGCUCGCACCGCCACCCUCAACCAUCGACCCCGAACCUUCAGUGGCAGCAGUGGCGGCAGUCACCUCAGCAGCAGCAGUCGAAGCAGCAGCAGAGAAAACAGUGGCAGCGGCUGUGUGGGCGUUCCCAUCGCCGUGCCGACGCCCUCCCCACCCUCCACCUUCCCAGUUUCUCCGACUGCUGGACCAGCUAGCUCCUCCUCCACCGCUCCUAACUCCUCCCCCUCCCCAACUCCGUCCUCCUUCUCCUCCUCCUCCUCCUCCACCACAACCCUCACACAACCCAACGCACCCCUGCAGCCAAACUCGCCUUCACAACCAGCUGACUCCCCUCCUCAGUCAAACGCACCCUCCAACACUCCCCCCCUCUCUAACCCCUCGCCUGAGCUCCAGUCCGGCACUUUACCUGGAGAAGUGUCUCCUCUUCUUCCUCCUGCCCCUCCUCCUCCUCCUCUGUCCUCCUCCUCCUCACCUGCUGAAGGUCCGAUUGUCCCUCAGUUCUACAGCAUGAACCGACCUCAGCCACGACACCAGACUGCACAGGUGGGCGGGUCGCUGCCAUACCGCCGCCCCCCCUCUGUGACGGGCGAGCCAAUCAUAACAGAGAACCAUGUCAACGGUGGUCCCUGUUACAACCAAAGCCCAGAUCUGUGUGUGUCUGCAGCCUCCCCCCCGCCUCCAUCACUCCUCCAGUUCACCCCUCAGCUGCCUCUCAUGGGGUUUGUUGCUCGAGUUCAGGAGUCCAUUUCAGACGCCCCUCCCACUCCGGCUGCUGAGAGCCAAUCGUGGCCUGAGGAGCCCCUGCUGACUCCUCAGCCAAUGGAAGAUGGACAUGAAGAGGACUCAGCAGUGGUGGAGUACAGCGACCCGUACACUGAAGAAGACCCUCCGUGGGCCCCAAGAAACUACAUGGAGAAAGUGGUGGCCAUCUAUGACUACACAGCCGACAAGGAGGACGAGCUAUCGUUCCAGGAAGGAGGGAUCAUCUACGUGAUCAAGAAGAACGAGGACGGGUGGUUCGAAGGGGUGAUGAACUCGACCACCGGCCUCUUCCCCGGAAACUACGUGGAGUCCAUCAUGCACUACGCGGACUGAGGAGAGAGAAGAAGAGCGUCUGUCGUCCUGUUCAGUCCUGAAGAGAAUUAUAAUUUUUGUUUUGGCUCCUUUUGAUCCACAAUCACAAGCUGAUGGAAGUUUGUGAAAAGAAAAGUCAUAUUUUAUUGUGAGUCUACGUCAGAAUCCGUUUCCAGCUCCUGUGAGUGACGCUGAACGCGUUCCGCUACGUCCACGUCUCCACAGAGGAUGUUCGCACUAAUCUGACCUGCAGUCGUCUGGUUAGAAACAGAGAAGCAUCAACUUAAUGUUGUUAGAAGUUGAGUUUUUAAAUAGAGUUUUAUUGUGAUCACAAGAAGUUCAUUCAGAGAUGGUGUCGCACCAAAUUUAUUUUCUUGAAAUCACUAAAUAAUUUUCUUUAAGCAGCUACGUCUGUUUUUGCAAUCAGUACAUAUCUAACGUAAGCAUUAGAAGCUGUUUAUUAGAAAUUCAGUAUCAAACGUUGUGUCUCUUCUCCGCUUCUAUCACUUCUUUACUUCUUCUGAGGUUAGCAUGCUAACCAGCUAGCCUCGGCCCGUCGUUGUCUGCUUUGUCUAAUCCCUGAGUUUAAAACACCGAUUGAGAGGAAGCUAUGCAAAGGACACGUUUGCACUAAACACUGAAACCGAACAUUUCUGUUUGGCUCAAAACACUUUGAAUUUCCCACUUCUGGCCUUUUCUUGUUUUUGGUGUAAUUGGACCAGUUUCCUGUUGCGCCGUAGCAGAGCUUGGGUCUCAUUUAUAACCGAUGCAUACGCACAAAAUGGGGCCUGAAACGUACGUACGCCACAUCUCACGCAAAUGUUGGGAUUUAUAAAAACAAACUUGACGGGAAAAUUUGCGUAUUUCCAAGCAAACUCUGACCCAUGCGUACGAACAUUUUGGAGACGGGAAAGUGGUGUUCAGG